UGUUGCAGCGACAAACGUUUCCACACCUCUCACUUCAUCUGCCUUUCUCUCUCUCACACGCACACACACACACACACACACACACACACACACACACACGCACACACAUACACACACAGAGAGAAACAGAGAGCUAGUGAGAGCUAAAGAGUGAGAGUGAGAGUGUGUGUGUGUGAGAGAGAGAGAGAAUGCGACGCUCUGUGCAGUGAAGAUUCUGUUCAUCUUUCAUUUCCUUGUUUAAUCCUCCAAGCUUCAUGAAAACAUGCAGAGAAGAAGGAUGUACAUAGAGAAGCCUCAGAGAUUCUGUAAGACCCUCCACAGAGAGGAGCAGAGAUAAACACCAGGAGCUGCUGUAGUUGUCUGCAUGAGACUGAUGUUCACACACAAACACCAUGAAGAAGAUCUACAUCGGCAAAACUGGCCUGAAGAGCUCACGUGCAGGGUGUAAACACCAGAAGAAGAGCUCUCUGCAGGAGCAGAAGGAGGACUUGAAGAAGCGCUUGUCCUUCACCACACAGAAGCUGGAGCUGCUGGAGAGCGAGUUCGACUCCACACGGCAGUACCUGGAGACCGAGCUGCGGAGAGCUCAAGAGGAACUCGACAAGUUCACCGACAAACUGAGGAGGAUACAGAGCAGUUACUCAGCAUUACAGAGGAUUAAUCAGGACCUGGAGGAGAAAAUCCACCGGAGUUCCCAGCACCAUGACGAUGAGAAGCGAGCGCUCAGUCAUGAGAUCAUUGUCCUUAACACACACCUGAUGGAGGCAAAGAUCACCAUAGAGAAGCUUAAGGAGGACAACGAUCUGUACAGGAAGGACUGCAACCUGGCAGCUCAGCUCCUGCAGUGUAAUCAGUCUCAGUACAGAGCUCAGCUCUCUGAGUUGCCGGCGGACUUUCUGGAGCGACUAAGUCUGCACAUUGAGGAUUCCUCCCCCAUCUGUCGCUCGCCAUAUUCCGACCCCAUUCCCUCCUCUGUGAUGGCUAACGUUUUAGAGAAACCAGAGGAAGCAUCGCGUUCCCCGAGUCCAACACGUCACGAGCUCCACGAGCCUCACGAGCACCCGGGCUUCCUGAUCGGCACACCCGUGAGCGGAGACGAGCGUCUGGGUCUGGGUUUGAGGAGCGUGGCUAAGUGUGAUGUUUACAGCAGCGACACGGCGCUGUACUGCCCAGACGAACGGCGUCGUGAGCGCAGGCCCAGUGUCGAUCUGCACCGCUUCCCUCAUUUCAACACCUCUGUAGGUGGAGCCUCCAGUUCUUACUCCAGUUUCAGUGGAGGCGGGUCUGAAGAAAAAGGCGCAGAGCCUCCAUACAGCACCACCUCCUCGCCUCAGCACCACGGUAUCUACAUGGAGUGGCGGGACGGCAUUGAGUAUGAGCACAAAAGUGACGAUUCGUGGGAAAGAGAAAGUCCGAGUGCCUUCAGUGCGUCUCACGCUUACCAAAACGGCGGCUCGCCUCUCUACAGUGGUGCGAUGUCGUGCUAUAGUGAACCAUAUGAGCCCCUCCCACCAUCCACCUCCCCCAGCGUCAACUACGGUGACAGUCGGCGUGGCAGUGCACUAGUGCCGGAAGAGGAGGAGGAGCCAGAGGAGGAGCAGGAGGUGCUGAUCGGCCGAUGGAGGCGGUUGAGUGUAGAGGAUGUCACCGCUCACUCGUUCUGCAGCGCUGGACGCGCUUCCCCAUACAGCUUCUCCGAGCAGCACUUCUCCGUCCGACCUGCAAAGAUCCGGCUCGGCCCUCUUUACAGCAGCUUUCAGGAAGGAAGUGACGCCUAUCGGCACCACGGGGCCGCCAUGCUGGAUGCGUUCUCCAGUACAGAUCUCCGGAAUACACACUUGUACAGCACAGAGGAUGAGACCCAGGAGGUGGAGCAGCAGGUGGCUGGACUUGAGCAAGAAUAUGAGGAUGAGGAGGUGGACGUGAGUCCUAACAGCUCCAAUGAGUCACUGGAAAUUGGAUCUAUGGAAAUUGGUGCUGAGCUGCAGUCGUUUCAGCAGGACCGGAUCAGCGCUUCUCCUCAGGAACCGAGUUCUUCUCCGACUCAAGCAGCAUCACAGUACCAAACGUUCACCAGUCUGGGCCUAACGAGGAAGGACAGCCUAACAAAAGCGCAGCUCUAUGGGACUCUGCUCAACUGAGCACCCUGUAAGGACCCAGGUUCCUAAAGUACACUGGAAAUGUUAUUUAGCACAGGACAAAAUGUUUACUUUAUAAGGAGGGCCUCAGCGGAGCUCAGCUCCAUUUUAAUCAUCUGAGGACCCAAUUUUACUUUAUACAGUUCGGGCCACAUGUCUGAGUGUGCUACUGAGAACCAUUUUAAUGCGUGUCAUAGAUAUUGUUUAUACUGAUAUCAGAUAUCAGCCCAAGAAAUGUUGUUAUAAAGACUAGGGCAGCAGCUUAACCACUGUAGCACAACAGCUAGCAUGGACACACACUACCACUUUAUACUUUUAUCACAUGCCAUUACCUGAAUGGAUUGUCUUACACUGUCUGGCCAAGAAGUCACACUAGCUUUUAUCUUUGAUUACAGCACAAAAUGUGUUGUGCAGCUCAUGUGUGAGAAUGAUUUCUCACGCCAAUUUUUAACAGUCUGAAUCCUGGAGUAUGCCAGGUCCAUCAGGUGGACCAUAUAAGGUCCAAGAUUUGAUAACCUGGUCAUUCAGUAUAUUCAGGUUGUCAGCUGACUUAAUUUUGAUGCUGUUACUAAGCCUAUGCCAAUAUAAUCAUUCUUUAAAGAUUGCAAUAAGACAUUAUGGCUAGAACUAAGCCUCAUGCUUGGUAUUUCUGAGAAUGAGAAAUAUUAGAUAAUUUUCCUUUAUUUUAAAGAGAAAGUCCGAGUAUUUUUGCACAGGAGGUCUGGUUAAACAUGCUCACAUCUCACUGAUAUAUUAAUUGAUAAUAUUUUGCUCAACAGUCUUUAGCUUUGAUUUGGUGGCCAAUUGUAAAAAUGAUUCUUUCACAAUUCUUUCAUAACAUCAUGGAAGAAGAAACCCUCCAUAGAUGUGAUCCUCUGGUGGUUCAGUACAUUCAGGUGGUCAGCUGACUUCAUUUUAUUGCCCCAUAACGUUACUGAGUCUAGACCUGAGUAACUGAUCAACCCCAGAUUAUAACACUGUCUCCAGAGGCUUGUACAGUGGACACUAUGCAUGAUGGGAGCAUCGCUUCAUGUGCUUCCCUUCUCACCCUGACACGCCCAUCACUCUGGAAUAGACUCACGAUUCAUAGUCCGAUCUCCUUAGUUGUUGUCUUUGCUUCAUGCAGGCCUUUCUUGCCCUGUGACUGUUUUUGGCCAGGCGGUAAUUAUGUAUUAAUUAACAUAUUUAGUUAGGUCACUAAUAUUAAAUGUUUAUUUAACUGCUGUUUAACUGUUUAAACUUGGGAAGGGGGGUGGUCAAGGGUGGAGAGAACCCUGAGGACGACUUCUUUUUUUCUCUAGGUAUAAAAUCUAUGUCAGUGAAUCAGAUCGUGACUAAGUGCUCCAGAACGAUGUCAGUCUAAUAUUAUCCAAUCAGAGGAUCUCUCAGUGGUGCACUCAGACUUAUUUUCUGAUCCGACUCUGUGUUUUCCUCUCUGUGUUUUUGCUCAGUGGUGUUUUUCUACAGUGGAGAUGAAGUCAUGAUGAUGUUCUGUGAUUGAUAUGAAGCUCGGAUGUUUCUACAGCAGAUUUAAUGCUUGUGAAUGCUGCUUAUUUACUUCACAAGAUUUUUCAAGUGCUGCUUGCUGCAGAAAUAGGGGGCGGAGUCAGACCUGAGCCAGCGUCUCCUAUCUGAGUGGAGGUACAAGUCCAGGGGGUGGAGUCAGCAUUCAGGAUGUAUUAGUGUGUUGGAGAUCAUCUCAUGGAGUUAGCGGUAAAGGGUUGUAGGAGGAGUUGGCUUAGGUCUAGCUCCACCCACUGCACUACUGCAGUGAGCACUAUCUCAGUUUUUUGAAAAAAAAAAUGUUUUUUGAAAUUGUGAUUUGAUACCCGGUGUGUGGUGUGGUGUGAGGUUUGAGAUCUGAAAAGCUUUACAGCACAGAGAAGGUUGGAGCAACAUGCUAACUUUGCGAUUGAAAAUGAAAUUCUCUUUUAUCCCUGUCCGUAUUGUUCAGUUUAUGAGAGAUGAAUGAAACUCUGACUAGAGGAAAUGAGUCUUUAUAAGCUACCACUGCUGAUCAGCCACAACAAGCCCCAGAUUAACAGCAGACAGAUAUCUCACCCUACUUCCAAAUU